AUGGUGUUCUACGCGGUCCUGGCGCUGCUGUUCGCAGCCUGCAUGGGCGGACUGUUCCUGUCGCUGGACUCCAAGACGCCGACGUACACGCUCACCACCUCACUCAUAGGUAAUAAUCCUGGUGUGGCCGCUCGUCCCUUGCCUCAUCCCGGUUUGGUGGUCACCUACGACGCAAAUAACGACACCACAAAGAGUCGCAUCAUCGAGGAGCUUCAGGAGUUUCUAAAACGUAAGUAUUAAAGCUCUAUUAUUACAUUUGAUCAAUUUUGCAUUGAAAAUGUUAUACUGAAAAAUAUUCUUAAUGAAAAAUGCUUAAAAGAUCCACUUUGACCCUGGCACUCUGAGAUGGGACUCGAACCUAUACCUUUCGCAAUCAGGGUGACAAAAAAAUAACAUUAUUUCUACUUAGAUACUGAUAAUAUGCGUCUUACGCAUGUUCUAAAAUGAUCCUGCAAUUUAUUUUAGUUCGGUGUUCAAAAUGACUAACAUUUUUUUUCAAUGCGGAAUUCAACUGGUUUAGGUGCAUAAAAUUGUUUCUAUGACAACGCGAAAUAAUAAAAAUAUGAAUUAGUUUUUAUUUUUAUUUUCAAAACGUUCUUGAUCGAUUCCUGAACGGAGAAGUUUUCGCUUUUCAUUAAAGUCGAUAACAUGGUUUCUAAUAGCAGAUAAUCCUACGUAAUAAAGUUUUAGACUUUCAAAUAAUAACAGUUCUUAAUGUUACAUCCUAUAUACCAUAACAUGGCCAUAGAGUCAAAUGACACACCGUGCCUUCAACAAACCGUCCCAUUGUUGGCACAUCUGUUGGCGAUCACACAACAGCUCCAACACAAUAACAUCAUCGGCUGGAUACCAAAAUGCUACAAUGAUUCAGAAAAUUUACCCGGAGAAAUGUCAGAUGAUCUCAAAGAUUAUAUCAAAUCUCAUGCGCCUCAGCUGAACCAAAUUUGGGUGUCCUGUUGGCAAGAGAAAGAUAACCGAACUAUUAUUGAAUAUCCCUGGAGUCGAGGAUUACCGGCAGAUUAUUAUCCUUUCAUGAACGAUGAUGGCUACCUGAGUCCUCUAGUGGCUGUUAGAUUCACUCCACCAGUCAAUGAAUUUGUAUACAUUCGAUGCCGGGCGUGGGCGAAGAAUGUUGUGUACAGCAAAAGUCUGAAGGAGCCUUCAGGCUACAUCCGCAUUCAACUAUACGUAGAAGACCUCACUAAUAUUACAACAACUGAGUUAUAA